AGUUUCAGUUUUAGCCCUCUCGUUUCUCUUACUCAAUCGAGGUGUUCGUAGGCAGUUGAUGUAGUUGUAGCUACACAUCUGUUUACAUUACUUGUCCCUCGAUCUCUCCGCCCACUCUUUUUUUCUUCCUAUAAAAUUUAUCAAUCAUCUUCUUUCCUCUUCCCAUCUCUGAAUCAGUAUCGUAUUAUUUACAAUGGCUGCUACCAUUCAGUCACUGGGCGUUUCAUCAUCUUUUUCCGCUGCCAAUUCCGUUGAUUCUAAGAGAUUCCAUGGAAGAAAAGUUGGGUUUGUGGUAGUAAGAUCCGACCUUCGUGCAAAAUGUGGUUCAAUGCCGGGUCGUUGCAGGACUGGAAAUCUGGUUACACAUGCUGCUGCUAGUCCAGCAGCAGCACCUACUGUAUCUUCUAAUGCAGGGCAUGAGGUCUUGCUCUUUGAAGCGCUCCGUGAAGGUCUUGAUGAGGAAAUGGAAAGGGAUCCCCGUGUUUGUGUCAUGGGUGAAGAUGUCGGUCACUAUGGUGGAUCUUAUAAGGUGACUAAAGGACUGGCCCCUAAGUAUGGGGAUUUAAGAGUACUUGAUACCCCAAUUGCUGAAAAUUCUUUCACAGGAAUGGGCAUUGGAGCUGCCAUGACUGGUCUAAGGCCUGUGAUUGAAGGAAUGAACAUGGGAUUCCUUCUGUUGGCAUUCAACCAAAUCUCAAACAACUGUGGUAUGCUGCAUUACACUUCUGGCGGCCAAUUUACCAUCCCUGUGGUCAUCCGUGGACCUGGUGGUGUUGGGCGGCAACUAGGUGCUGAACAUUCACAACGUCUCGAGUCUUACUUCCAGUCAAUUCCCGGAAUCCAAAUGGUUGCUUGUUCCACCCCUUACAAUGCUAAAGGAUUGAUGAAAGCCGCUAUCAGAAGUGAGAACCCUGUUAUUCUUUUCGAGCAUGUACUGCUUUACAACCUCAAGGAGAGAAUUCCCGAUGAAGAAUAUGUUCUAUCACUCGAAGAAGCAGAGAUGGUAAGGCCCGGAGAGCACGUUACCAUCUUGACCUAUUCCCGUAUGAGAUACCACGUCAUGCAGGCAGUUAAGACGUUGGUUAACAAGGGCUAUGACCCGGAGGUGAUUGAUAUCCGCUCGUUAAAACCCUUUGAUUUAUACACAAUCGGAAACUCCAUCAAGAAGACCCACAGAGUGCUGAUUGUGGAAGAGUGCAUGAGAACAGGCGGCAUUGGUGCCAGUUUGACGGCUGCUAUUAACGAGAACUUCCAUGAUUAUUUAGACGCCCCCAUCGUAUGCUUAUCAUCUCAAGAUGUUCCCACUCCUUAUGCCGGGACUUUGGAGGAAUGGACAGUGGUUCAACCUGCUCAAAUCGUUACUGCCGUUGAGCAGCUAUGCAAAUAGGGUGACAUUUAGGCUACUGCGAUUGGAAUUGUUAUGUAUCAUGUUUUUAGCAAAUUUAUGUAUUUGGAUAAUGCUGCUAUGUGUUAGCCGAGGAUGGUAUUAUGAACAACUUAUAUUUACUAUCACUUAUUAUAGUUGGAAUUUUUUAUGUUUAGUUGUCGGAAUUGUCUUUGAUGAUCGAAUUUUUCGGAAUUAUACAAUAUAUUUUGCAUUAGGGGAUUUUCUUAA